UCUCAAAACUUCUCCAAACAACGAAGAAUUAAUGCAACUUUACGCUCUUUAUAAACAAGGAAGUUGUGGAGAUAAUAAUAAUUGUAAACCUGGAACUUUUGAUAUUAGGGGGAAGAAAAAAUGGGAGGCCUGGAAUGGAAAAAAAGGUUUUCUUUUUGAAUUUAAAAUAAAAAAAAAUUUUAAAUUAUUUUUUUGA